AUGGCCGGGGGGCGGCGGGGGCCGGGAGCGCUGGCGGAGCCGCGGCGGCUGAUGCGCACGGGGCUGGGGCUGAUCGUGCUGGGCCACGGCAGCCUCGUGCUGGGCGCCAUCGUGCACGGCUCGGUGCUGCGGCACGUGGCCGGCGCCCGCCGCGCCGUCACCCCCGAGUACGCGGCGGCCAACGUGGUGUCGGUGUGCUCGGGGCUGCUGAGCAUCGCCGCGGGCAUCGUCGCCAUCCUGGUGUCGCACAACCUGUCCCGGGCGGUCCUGCACUGGACCCUGCUGAGCGUCUCUCUGCUGAACUGCCUCCUGUCCACCGCGUGCAGCGUGGGGCUGGCGCUGGCCAUCGCCCUCACGGUGCACAGCCGGGGCACGCACCUGGUCCGGGGCUGCAACAGCUCCGCGCUGCCCGUAGACGCCCGUGCAGCCAUUGUGACUAACGACUGUCCCUUCAACACCACGCGCAUCUACGACACAGCCCUGGCCCUCUGGUUCCCCUCCCUGCUGCUGGCAGCUGCAGAAGCCGUGCUCUCGGGCAGGUGCUGUUUGGUGGCUCUCGUCUUCCAGGGCAUCGGGCCCUGUGCACGCAGCUAUGGCAAAGAGCAGCUGGCCAGGCCAAAUGCAGCAAUGGAGAAGCCGCUCCGUGAGAGGCAGCAGCUCCUGACAGGACUUGCUGAGUCUCCUGCGUAGCUGCAGAGGUGGUGCUGCAGGAGUGCUGUGACCCAGCAAGGUCGGGGGCAGGGUGACGUCGCACCUCCUGCAGUGGGCUGCAGCAGUGAGGGUGUGCCUUGCCCCCUCCCCCCAGCUCCACCACCCCACCUGGGACAGACUCUGCAGGGCUGCAGGUGCUGUGGGCCCCAGAUGCUCUCUCAUCCUCUCCCCAAGCUGCCAGGCCUUGCCUGGUGUGCUGAAGGCUCUGUCGGUUUCUGUCAGCAGUGAUUGAUUGGGGCAGGCAGAGGUGCUGGGGCCCAAGUCCUGGUGCCAUUGCAGGCAGGGAAGCUGGCUGUGCCUGUGCUCAAACAUGUCAGGGAACAGAAGGGGAAGAGUCCCUUUCGUGUGGAUCUCUAGUUUUCUUGAAUAAACAAACUUUUCCUUUCCA